AGAAAAGUCAUUGUGAAUUGAAAGAGGAAUGGCAACCACGGAAAGUGGCAAAAAAGUUAGCUUUAAAAUAGUUUUGACUUCAGACCCCCAUUUACCCUAUCGAAUUAUUCAAGUUCCAGAUAAUGCACCAUUCACAGCAGUUCUCAAGUUUGCUGCUGAAGAGUUUCGAGUACCUUCCACUACGAGUGCUAUUAUAACUAACGACGGGGUGGGAAUCAAUCCUCAACAAAGUGCAGGAACAGUUUUUCUAAAGCACGGUGCCGAACUUCGAUUGAUUCCUCGUGAUAGAGUGGGAGGAUUAUUAGUAUCAAUUUACAAAUAGACAACCUUCGUUUAUAAUCACUAGUCCACU